UGCCGGUGGUGAUUGUCGCAUUGUUGUGCCCCCGAAGUAAGUUCGUUCGAGAUAUCAUCAAGCGGCGCUCCCCGUGUUUCCCGUGCAAAAGUGCAAAGCAGCAUUGUUAUGUCGAAGUGAGUGAGUGAGUGAGUGAUACUCGUCUGUGUUUCGUCUGCUGUGCAAUUUUGUGAAAAUAGUCAACCAACCAUCCCACGGCAAAUUAAAGGCGGCGGCGCGCGUCUCUUCGCAGCCGUAACGGAAGCCAAAUAAGUCGCCUCGCCCGUGUGUGUCUGUGUGGUUUUAGUGUGCAUUGAUAAGCGUUGUGUGUGUGGCGUUUAUGUUACCGAUAUUUUCUGGGGGUGCUGGUGUUGUGAGCACAGCUGCUGCCGUUAUUGUUUCCUCCCCACACGCUGCUGCUGCUGCUGCCGUCCGGUUUAUCGGCCCAUGUGGCGCAGCUAAUCGCCCGUCAGGAGUCUACGAGGAAUAAAGUGGUGGUGCGUGCCAAAAGCGAGGUAGCGAAGCAGCAGCAACGAAGAGGAUAGUUGUGUACGCCGUCCUCCCACUAGCAGGACACCGUGGUGUCCUUUCCGUUGCGUGUGUGUUUCACUUGUCACUUGUUGGCGCCGGGCCGGGCCAAACGUUGGGGCACAAAUCGUCGUCGGCCGAAAAAUGGAAGCCGUUGCCAAGCACGAUUUUAACGCCACAGCCGAUGAUGAGCUGAGCUUUAGGAAAAGUCAGGUUUUAAAGAUUUUAAACAUGGAAGACGACAUGAACUGGUACCGGGCGGAGCUGGACGGCAAGGAAGGACUGAUACCUAGCAAUUACAUAGAAAUGAAAAAUCACGACUGGUACUACGGACGGAUUACACGAGCGGACGCGGAGAAGCUACUGUCGAACAAACACGAGGGCGCCUUCCUGAUACGGAUCAGUGAGUCGAGCCCGGGCGACUUCAGCCUAUCGGUCAAGUGCUCGGACGGUGUGCAGCACUUCAAGGUGCUGCGCGACGCACAGGGCAAGUUCUUCCUCUGGGUGGUAAAGUUCAACUCGCUGAACGAACUGGUCGACUACCACCGGACCGCUAGUGUGUCUCGAUCGCAGGACGUUAAACUGCGCGAUAUGGUGCCAGAAGAGAUGUUGGUGCAGGCUUUGUACGACUUCGUAGCGCAAGAAUCGGGUGAGCUGGACUUCCGACGAGGCGACGUCAUCACGGUGACGGAUCGUUCGGACGAGCACUGGUGGAACGGCGAGAUCGGCAACCGGAAAGGACUGUUCCCAGCAAUAUACGUAGCACCGUACCAUUCAUAAAACAUAAGUAUUUUACUCGCACAUUUACAUGAAUGCAUACGCGGAGACAGAGCGAGAAAGAGAGAGAGAGCGAAAGGGGGGAGAUCGCGAACCCGCAACACAGCAACACACACACAUCAGACGGGCGCUGCGCGAGCGCCCGGGAACCGGUGUGUGCUCGUAGCCGUCACUUCCAGAAACACCGCCAUCCACCACCACCUUCACCACCAUCACGUCUAAAGGGCACUGGCCACUCGCUAGGAACGAACGUAGCCGUGUAUUACCCACCCUGCGAUCGAUCGAUACACGAUCUCCUGGUGUGCCGAUCGUGUACAACAAUCCGACGGCGUAUAGCUAUAGACCGAACAGUGUAAUCAGAGCGUGUAACGAUGGCACGAUGGCCGGCCCCCGUGCCAUCGAGUCUAGAGCGUAGUGUGUACUUGUUACAGGACAACACACACACACAGAAACUAGGAUGCGCGCACCUACGCGCCGCAGGCCAGACAGGCCGUGAAAAAAGUGUGCAGCAUAUUAUAAAUAUUAUAUAUUUUUUAAAUGUGUAAAAAGCGAGAAGGGCCCAUAGUAAACCCACAACAACAACCCGGGGGGGAACUCGAACUGGGGACCGGCAGAGGGUUGCGUGCGGACCAGGCGUGUGAGAUGAUGUGGAGGCAACGACGGGGAAGGCAUUAAGUUAUUCGCGCGAUCUGCUGACGACUAGGAGACAGUUUUCUAAUCCUCUUUUUAAUGUUUUUUCGAACAUUUUAGAAACCCCUCCCUUGUUGGUGGGUGGGUGGUCAUCCCAUUUACACAUGGUGCCGCAUUUGUUGUGCUCUGAUCCCGUUGGUCCCUCCUGUGUGUGCUCUUGUCCAGCUGACCAACUGAUUUACCGAUCUUCCUCUGUCCCAACAAGCGGUUUCCAUCCCCCUUUUUAACCGUGUCUUCUCUAACCCUCCCCUGGUUCCUGUACGAAUCCGUUUGGUCCACCAAAACACGACCUCUCGAACUCUGGCGUCGGCACGGUUUUUUAUAAGAAUUUUAUAAUCAUUUUUCAAAGCUUUUUGCAAGGCAGACGCUACGGCGGCCGUGCUACACACACCUCAUUACGGGGACGACCGGCUCUAGGGGGUUCGCCCGGGUCGUACCGUUUAUACAAAAUCAAUCUCGAAUCAAAUAGGACAUCGUGUGCGGAGCCACACGAGCCGUGGACGCGCGCAAUCAACAUGAAGGAGAAGUGAUUUGUUUCUGAAUUUAUUGUAAAUGGCGUGUGAGUGUGUGUGGUGUCUGGUGGCGCAAUAGGAAUCAAAAGCUCUCGAACUCUCUGGCAACGUUUAGACGGAAGGUUGGAAGUGGCGUAAUAUGGUGUGCGGCAACAGCGAAACACGAAGGGGGGAAGCGCAAUGGUGGCAAAAAAGCAGAAGAAUGAAUCCUCAAGUGAACACAAAACCAUUUGUAUAAAGCUAAGUAAAGAAACAGCAUUUCUUCAUGCAAGUGACAUAAUAAAGUUGGAAGAGAAGCAAACAAACAAAGCUGCGCAGAGACAGAGAAAGGGGCACAGAGAUCAGUGCCGCCUGGGGGUGGUGGUCUCUCUGCCGGUGCGGAAGGCGAAAUCGCGGAUCUAUUAUAACCAUUUAGAAAAGGCGACAGAAAAAGAGAGCGAGAGCGACAGAGGAGAUGCCGGAGAAUGCUUGGGAAACCCGAUUUAGCGUAGUAUCAUCCGGGGCGGGGACGAUAAACGAGAGUAAGCCAACAAGAAACAAACUAAU